AUGUCUCAGGAGGCGGAGGUGGGGCCCCCGGGCGAGCCGGGGAAGCCCGCGGAAGAAACCGACAGCUUGCUGGACUGCGUGAACCGGAUCACUUCCAUGUGUCCAAACUGCGAAGAAAAUGGGGAAACACGUAUUUUAUUGCACCGGGUUCCUCAUUUCAAGGAUUUGUUGAUAUCCUCGUUCAGCUGUCCGCACUGCAACUACGCGAACAGAGAGGUGCAGGCCGCGGGCAGCCUGGCCCCCAGAGGCGUGCACAUUGAGUGCCGAGUGGCUUCGCCGCUGGACUUGAACCGGCAAGUGGUGCGGAGCGAACACUGCGAAGUCCAAAUCCCCGAAGUUGAACUGGAAGUCCCGGCCUCGCGGGCGCGCGCGGAGCUGAACACAGUGGAGGGCCUCGUCGCCUCCUUCGCCGAAAACCUCAAGUUCGCGGCUCUCUACCAAAUGCAGCUCGGCGAAACUGAAAAGGCGCAGCGCCUCUCCCGCCUCGUCCGCAGCCUCAAAGACAUGGCUGCCGGCCAGCAGCCCUUCCUGCUGGUGCUGCACGACCCCAGCGGCAACAGCUACGUGGAGGGCCUGGCGCUUGCUGCGGCCAAGGGCGAAGAGGCCAGGCACAAGCUGGAGGACGCUGCUGCUGCUGCUGCUGCUGCUGCGGGGAGCAGCAGCGCGCCGCAGGAAGCUGCUCGCGCCUCCCCGGAAAGCCCGCGGCAGCUGCAGCGCGCUGACAGCCGCCUCCUUGUGAAGCACUUCGAAAGGACGAAGGAGCAGCUGCAUGCAAUGGGGUACUUCGAGGCCCAAGAAGCCCCGGAACAGUCCCAGACAAACGAAGGGGCCCCCGAGGCAGAAGAAGCUGCAGCAGCAGCAGCAGAAGAAGCAGCUCUCAAAGAAGAGGCCCUUUUGCUGCCAGUGGACUGCCCGCACUGCGGCUGCAGCACGACCAACAAAGUCUGCCAAGUCAACAUUCCAGGUUUCCGCGAGUGUCUGAUCUUCGCGUUUUGCUGCCCGAACUGCGGGGCGAAGAACUCCGAAAUUAAAGCAGCAGGGGCCUACGGCUUGGCUGCGCGAAGGUGGAUUCUGACGGUGGAGGGCCACGACGACUUGAACCGAGAUGUUCUCAAGGGAGAUACGGCCACAGUUGAAAUCCCAAGUUUGGACUUUUCAAUGGAAGGUGGCGCAGAAGCUGGAACUUUAACUACGGUGGAAGGGCUGCUGAAGGCGCUGGCCGACGGGCUGAGCGAGGGCGUGCCGUUCGCGAGCGGCGACUCUGCUGCGGAAAGCUCGAAGAAGAGAAUGGAAUUUGUUUGCGAAGAGCUGCGCAAAAUGCAAGAAGGAGUUUUUAGUGUUUUGCCUUUCAAAUUAAUCAUCAAUGACCCCGCGGACUUGUCUUUUGUGGCGCUGCGGGAAGCAGCAGCAGCAGCAAAGGCGCCCCCAGUGCAAGUCGACGCCUCCACCCACGUCGACGGCGACGCAGCAAGGGCUCUUGCUGCAGCAGCAGCAGCAGCAGCAAAAGCUCCAGGUGCAGCAAUUAGUGAAGAAGAACUCCAAAAGAAACUCAAAGAGGCCCAGCCCGGAGAAGUCCUCUGGAGCUCCAAACUGGAUGAAACUCUCACAGUGGAAGUGUACAAAAGAACGCCGCAGCAAGACGACUCGCUGGGGCUGUUGGACAUGAAGACUUGA